AUGUCAUCGUCGUCUUCGAGCACACCAUCGUCGAUUCGUGAGUUGCCUGGGGAAAAUUCGGGAUUUUCAUCAAAAAUUAACCUGGAAACAUGUUUUUCCACCUGAAAUCCAUAUAUUUUCGCUCCAAAAUUUAUUGAUUUUUGAAUUUGCCACGUGUCCUCUUCAAAAUCGCAAAAUUUCACGUGAAAACAAAAAAAACUUUUUUUUUUUCAAAAAAAAAAAAAAGAAAAAAUUGAUGGCCGUGGCCUAGAAAACCAACGUGUAGUUCUCGCGGACAAUUUUUGAAAUUUUAUUUUUUUUUUUCGCUUUCCGGGUUUUUCAAGGUUCCCCGUGGUAUUUGGUGUCAAAAUGAUGAGAAAAACGUGGAAUUCAAUUUGACGCCACGUUUUCGCGCCCAAAAUCAUCGAUUUUUUAUUGCAGAACCGCCGGCAAAAGACGACGCGAAUCGAUCAAUGUGAGUUUUUUUUUGCUGAAAGUUUUUCUUCAAUUUUUUUGGGGUUUGGCUGUCAGAAAAAUAAUGAUGAUGAUGAUAAAGAGAAGAGAUGAUUUUUUUCGGCUGAAAAAAAUUUCAGUUUUUAGUCAGGUUUUUGCUUGCUAGUGGAUUUUUUUUUCUCGAAAAAGUGCAUAUUAGUGCGAUGUUUGCCUGGUUGAAUUCGAGUUUGUGAGUUUUCUGAAGCCAAAAAUAUAUUUUUCCUCAAAAAUAUUGAAAUUUAUACCAAAAUUCCCCCAAAUCUCCAAGUUUCCCCUUCAAAAUCCCCGAAUUUUCCAGCUCACCAGCCCUUUCCACACCUACAACCUACUCAGAAUGGCAAUUAUUUGCGGUUCUAAACCGUGCCAAUCUUCUACAAUACUAUCAAACGUUUAUUUCGAAAGGCGGCGAUGACAUUAAUCAAAUUAUGCAAUGUGAUGAAAAUGAGUUUUUGGAAAUUAUGGCACUUGUUGGAAUGUCGAAUAAACCAUUGCAUGUGAGGAGGUUGCAGAAGACUUUGAAGGUGGGAAAAUUUGCGAUUUUUUGAUAUCCGAUGAGCUCAGGAGCAUAAAAAUGCGAUUUUUCGUGAAAAUUUGCGAUUUUUUGAUACCUUGUGAGCUCCGGAGCACAAAAAUGCGAUUUUUUUGAUAUCCCAUGAGCUCGGGAGCAUAAAAAUGUGAUUUUUCGUGAAAAUUUGCGAUUUUUGAUAUCCCAUGAGCUCAGGAGCAUGAAAAUGCGAUUUUUUGAUAUCUCAUGAGCUCAGGAGCACAAAAAUUCAAUUUUUCGUGAAAAUUUGCGAUUUUUUGAUAUCCGAUGAGCUCAGGAGCACAAAAAUUUAAUUUUUCGUGAAAAUUUGCGAUUUUUUGAUACCUUGUGAGCUCCGGAGCACAAAAAUGCGAUUUUUUUUGAUAUCCCAUGAGCUCAAAAGCAUAAAAAUUUGAUUUUUCGUGAAAAUUUACGAUUUUUUGAUAUAUCAUAAGCUCAGGAGCAUAAAAAUGUGAUUUUUCGUGAAAAUUUGCGAUUUUUCGAUACCUCAUGAGCUCAGGAGCACAAAAAUGUGAUUUUUCGUGAAAAUUUGCGAUUUUUUAUAUCCCGUGAGCUCGGGAGCAUAAAAAUGCGAUUUUUCGUGAAAAUUUGCGAAUUUUUGACAUCCCAUAAGCUCAGAAGCAUAAAAAUGCGAUUUUUUGAUAUCCCGUGUUCUCAGGAGCAGAAAAAUUUGAUUUUUCGUGAAAAUUCUGGUUUUUUUCAUAUCCCAUAAGCUCAGAAGCAUAAAAUUUGCGAUUUUUUGAUAUCCCAUGAGCUCAAGAGCACAAAAAUGUGAUUUUUUGAUACCUCAUAAGCCUAUGAACCUUCAAAAUUGUGCUUUUAGGUCCUAUCGCGAAAAUUCAUAAAUUCUGAAUACGAUUUUCAGAUUCCUCAUAAAAUUUCAAGUUUUUAGACACCCCACAAGCCAAUAUUCUAGAAAAUUUUAUUUUUGAGGGUCCCACCACGAAAAUUCAAAAUUUUACAGUAACCCAGUCUUAUGGGGUGUCUAAAAACUCGAAAUUCCACGUAGAUCACGAAAAAAUCCAAAAUUUUCCAGGAAUUCUCAGAGGACAUGACGAAAUUCAACAUUCAAGCGAUUCAACAAAUCGGUCCUCCACCGGCUAAUAAUUUGACAUUCUCAGCUGCCAGCGAUGCGAUGGCUCUACUUUUACCGGGUUUGGUAAAUCAGUUGACAGCGGCUAGUAGUUGUGCUAACUCGACAAAUUGUGGUGAUAUGGCAGCGGAUACGAGCUCGGCUUCUCCUUCGCAAAAUCCGAUGGGUAGGUCUUGAAAAACGGGUUUAAAUGAGUCUAGACUCGAUGCUGACGCAUUUUUUGUAGGCUGCAAAUUAUGCGCCUUGAGAUUCGGGUUAAUUUGAACCUAAACUCGAUGUUGACGUAUAUUUUGUAGCCUACAAAAAACAAGUCAACACUCAAUGCUGACGCAUUUCUUUUAGGUCUCGAGCUCUUCGAUGCUCAACCAAGUCAAAACCAGAGCUCAGCUGCCACGUCAUCAUCAUCACAAGCCGGUAGAGCCACGGCCAACAUUGUCUCUGGACAAAAUUUGAAUUUCCCGCGCACCCCGUUGCUUGUGGCAGCGCGGAGCAUCGUUGGCGGAAGUUCGGGAAGUCAGGAGAAAGAGGGAUCGUCUUCACCGUUUCUGGCACCAUUCAACAAUGAUUUUGUGUCGUUGGGCGAUUUUGAUCCGAGUAAGUUUUGAUCUACGUGAAAUUUCACGUUUUUUGACACCUCACAAGGCAGGGUUACUGUAGAAUUUGAAUUUUUCGCUGUGGGACCUCUACAGUACCUCAAAUUUGAAAAUUAUUCUGAAUAUAGUCAUGCGAGGUGUCUAAAAACUCUAAAUUUCACGUGGAGUCCGAAAAUUAUAGUCUUAAAUCAUUUCGACUACAGUAACCCUAGAUUUUUCGUGACGGGACCUCUACAGUACCUAAAAAUCAGAAAUGUUCUGAAUAAAUCCUUGUGAGGUGUCUAAAAACUCUAAAUUUCACGUGGAGUUCAAAAAUUAUAGUCUUAAAUCAUUUCGACUACAGUAACCCUAGAUUUUUCGUGACGGGACCUCUACAGUACCUAAAAAUCAGAAAUGUUCUGAAUAAAUCCUUGUGAGGUGUCUAAAAAUUCAAAAUUUCACAAGGAAUUCAAAAAUCAUACUCAAAAAUUAUUACACUACAGUAACCCUAAAUUUUUCGUGGCGGGACCUCUACAGUACCCCAAAAAUUCAAAAUUAUUCAGAAUAUAGUCAUGUGGGGUGUCAAAAAAUCGCAAUUUUUUUGCAGACAAUCCAUCGCUCACUGAAAAUCCCGUGCUCUCCGCAGCUCAAAUCGCACGGCUCACCGAAUGUGCUCUCAACGCCUCAAAAUGCCUGCCAAAUCUUCCACCGCGAUAUGUUCAAAACAAGAAGCGAGUGUCGAAAGAGGUUCUGGAACUUUUGACUUCAACACCCGAAUCGAUGCCGAAUCGAGUUCAAUUGUUCCGCAAAUUUUCGGCGAUUUAUGGGAGAUUUGAUACGAAACGCAAACCGCAUAAGGUACGGUCGAAAUUUGCGAUUUUUUGAGCUAGAGUUCAGGAUUUUUGAGGAAAAUUCAAAUUCCUCAUGAAAUUCCACGUUUUUAGACACCCCACAUGACCUGGUUACUGUAAAAUUUUUAAUUUUUUGUGGCGAGACCCCUACAGUACCUAAAAAAUAAAAAAUUAUCAAAAAUAGUCAUGUGAGGUGUCUAGAAGCUCAGAAUUUCACAAGGAAUCCAGAAAUUUUACUUGAAAAAUUAUAUUGUCUACAGUACCCUGGGUUUUUCGUGGUGGGACCCGAAAAUAGCCUUAUUACGGUUUCCUAAACAGUUUUCAGCCCUAAAACCUGUAUUUUUGAAUUUUUUUGACAAUUUAACGUUGUUAGACACCCCAUAAGCCUGGGUUACUGUAAAUUUUCGAAUUUUCGUGGCCUACGGUAUCCCCAAAUGCAAAUUUAUCAAAAAUAGUCAUGUGAGGUGUCUAAAAGCUCAAAAUUUCACCAAAAAUCCAAAUUUGCAGGUGCUAACCCUCCACGAAACCACAGUCAACGAGGCCGCCGCUCAACUAUGUCUCCUGGUCCCCGCCCUCCUAACCCGUCGCGACGAACUCUUUCCACUGGCUCGCCAAAUCGUCAAAGAUGCCGGCUAUCAUUAUGCGAAGAGUCGAAAGCGGCCUUGUGAUCCGGCUGAUUUGCAUUCGCCAAUCAGCUCGCCGAGCACAAGUCCACCGCCGCCUGGAAUGGAUGAACAGGGAUUCGAGUUGGAUGGCGGGUCGAAUUCGAGAAAUGCUGAUGAGAUGUGCUCGAGUAGUAGUGGAGAUGGAACUAGGGUUAGUUUUGUGGUGAAAUUCGGGUCAAAAUGAGCUCAAACUCGAUGCUGACGCGUUUUUUGUAGUCUGCAAAAUUCACGCCAUCAAAUUCAGAUCAAAAUGAGCCUAAACUCAAUGCUGACGCAUUUUAUGCAGGCUUCAGAUUUCACAGCUUUAAAUUUAGGCUAAGAUGAGCCUAGACCCGAUGCUGACGCAUUUCUUGUAGACUUCAGAAUCUGAGUCAUGAAAAAUGCUACGAAAGGAGCCCAAACUCGAUGCUGACGUAAUUUUUGUAGACUGCAAAAUUCACGUCAUCAAAGUUAGAUCAAAAUGAGCUCAAACUCGAUGCUGGUGCAUUUCUUGUGGGCUGCAAAAUUCGCGCGAUCCUAAAGGAGCCUUGACUGAUCCUUGACGCAAGUUUCGUAGCCUGCAAAAUUCACGUCAUCAAAUUUGGGUUAAAGUGAACCUAUACUCAAUGCUGACGUAAAAUUUGUAGGCUGCAAAAUUCACGUCAUCAAAUUUAGGUUAAAAUAAGCCCUGACUCAACAUUGACGCAAGUUUAGUUUAAAUUUAAAUUCUGCGCAAACUUAUAUUGUUGACGCAUGUUUUGUAGCCUCAAAAUUUUCCAUAAAUCUCAAAUUUCAGCUUUGAAAACGACCUAAAAUCAAAAUUUUCCAGCUCACCGACUCCCCCAAUGAUUCAACAUCCACCGACUCAACAACAGUGCACCACACAAAUUCGGCGUCCUCAAUUCUAGAGCGCUGGGCGAGCGGCUGUUUUUCCACCCAGUUCCCACCCCCGCCGCCCAAAAAAAGUCACUAAUUUUCUGAAUUUUUACAUUUUUUCACAUGUUAUUGCAUCUCACACACUUUUUUUUGCCCAAAAUUUUGAUUUUUUUAAAAUUUUCUUCAAAAAUUUAUUUCUAUUCCACCCCCAUUUUUUUCGUGAUUGUUUUUUCAAAAAAUUUCACAACUCGCAUUUGAUGAGAGUAUAAACUUGGUAUUUUCCCCGGUCCCCAAUAUAUUUUUCAAUAAUCACUUCAAAAUUUCUACAUUUUUCGAAAAUGUCUAAUUUUUUUCCCUUUUUUUCCCUAGUCUACUAAUCUUUUCAUAUCUUUACAAAAUUUAAUUUUUUUCUAAUUUUUCCAAUUUUGUUUGAAAAACAUCGGUGAAUAAAGUGUUUGAAUUGUUUUUUUUUUCGAAUAAAAAAAAAUUAAUUUCAGAAAAAUUUUCUCAAAAAAUCCGACAUUUAGGAUUGCUCAUGUUAAUCUGAAAUUGUUGAAUUUUCAAGUUUCGGCACAAAUUUGAUGACGUGGCAUUUUUGGAGUCGAAAAUUUGAAUUUUCAAGUUUUUGCGCGAAAUUUUCCACGUCAUCAAUUUUCAGCGAAAAGUUUCAAGGAAAAACCAGUUCCGUAUAACCCAUUUUUUGAUUUUUCCAAGACAAACCUUUAUCGUUUUUUGUUUACAAGCUUUUUCGUAUUUAUCAGCAGGAAAAUACAUCAAACCUCACCCAAUACCUGGAAUUCCAGGUGGGCAAUUUUUUUUUCGAAAAAUCUAGGUGGGCAAAAAUUUUAAGGUCUUUAAGGCGAGCCUUAGGCGAGCCUCAGGCGGGCAAUUUAUUUAGGGUCUUCAAGGCGAGCCUUAAGUGGGCAAAUUUUUUAGGGUCUUCAAGGCGAGCCUUAGGUGGGCAAAUUUUUUUAGGGUCUUCAAGGCGAGCCUUAGGUGGGCAAAUUUUUUAGGGUCUUCAAGGCAAGCCUUAAGUGGGCAAAUUAGGUGGGCAAUUUUUGAAAAUAAACCCAGCUGGGCAAUUUUUUACCCACUCCUCCAGGUUCUUGGGUGAGGUUUGAAAAUACAUAGUUUGAAAAAGGAUACAAUCAGAAAACUCCUGUGUAUAUAAAUGUGCUCUUAGACCUUGCAAAAAAUGAAAAUAUGAAGAAUUUAAUUCUGAUUUUUUUGAGCUUGGUUCAGUUUUCUGAAGAACUUCAGUGUAUUAAUGGAUUCACUUUGGUCAAUAAUAAAUGUUUGAAGGUGAGUAAGGGCCUAAAAUUAGGCCUGGGCCUGGGGACUCUAACUUAAGCCUUACCUAAGCUAACCUAACCACAUCUUAUCUAGCUUGAGCCUCAACUAACUCGAUUUAGCAGUCUAACGAAGGCUUUCUGUCUUAACCCAACCUAAGUCCACACUACAACUUACCUAAACUAAAGUAACCUAACCUAAACCCAACUAUCUUCUAGCUAAUCACCGCUGACCAAACACACAGUGCCGCUCGUCGUGAAUGUAACCUCAAUGGCGGAAACCUUGUCUCAAUCUACAAUUCAAUCGAUAACACAGCAAUUGCUCAACUCGCAAUUUCGAGUUCGGAUCCAAUUUGGAUUGGUUUGAACUGUAUGGAUGAUCGGGAUCUGGGCUCUUGUUUUUGGGAUGAUCAAGUUGGAAAUGCGUCAGGUGAGAAAGUAUGGGUCUUGUAGCGAAAAUCGUUUUUCUAGCCUUUAACAACUUCAUCGCUGCAAAUCCAUCAAGCGAAGUAGGAACGUGUGUCUAUAUGCUCAACUUCGGAAGUCUCCGAGGUCGCUGGUUCAGUGGAAGUUGCGAAGGCAUGGAAAUCAAUGCAGUCUGUGAAACAACCCCAAUUGAAACAUGCCUAUAUACCUAUAAUGGUUAUUGUUAUUAUCCACUUGGAGCCCUGAGUCAAAUCGAAGCUCAAAACGCAUGUUCGCAAAACUGCAAGGGAGAUUUGGUUUCGAUUCAUUCAGCAGAAGAGAAUACUUUGGUUUCCAGAAUUUUUGAGUAUAAUCCGAAACGGUAUUUAUGGAUUGGGGCACAAGGGAAUUCUUGGAUUGAUGGAUCGGUUUGGAAUUAUACAAACAUCGGAUAUCAAAAUACAACCACGAAGUGCUAUAGUAUGUCAUUGAUAAAUGGUAGAUGGAUGAGCACCGAUUGUUAUUCACAACUCCCAGCGAUUUGCAAGAUUUCGAUGAAUUCGGAAUGCGGAAAUAGAGCAUGCAGUGGAGUGACGAAUCUCACAGAUACUGGAGUGGUGGGUUUUUUGUUGUGGGCACAGAGAAUUUUAAAUUAAAAAAAUUUUUUUUUCCAGAUCUACUCACCAAAUUACCCCAAUUCCUACCGCUCUGCUCACAAUCAAUCAAUACCUUGCUAUUACCUUUUCACUGUCAAAACCGAAAUCGCUAUUAUCUAUUUCGAACAACUCACAUUGAAUCAAAAUGCGCGAAUCGAACUAUACUCUAGUCUAACCAGCCAAACACCAUUUGCAAUUAUUAAGAAUUCGCAGGGAACUAAUAUCACCUUCCAAUCUUCCACAAAUCUCAUCAAGAUGGUUUUUAAACCAUGCUUUAACUGUGGGAACACUGGAAAUUCAGAGAUUUUCAAAUGGAAAGCGAUUCUUGGCCAACAAUAUCUGAAUCCGUGUGGAAAUUUGAUGGAGACAAAUGGAGUUAUCACAUCUCUGGGUUACCCGGGAAAUUACCCAAACAAUUGGCAAUGCGAUUAUUUGUUGCACAGUUCGAGAAGAGUUCAAGUUCAUUUCACCGAUUUCUACACAGAGGGGUAUUUUGAUUAUGUUCGCGUUUAUGAUGGCGAGAAUUCGACAGCUCCGGUGCUCGCCACAAUCAGCGGAAUCCCUGUGGACAAUCUGACCUACACCUCAACUGGACAAUAUUUAUAUUUGCUUUUCAGUACGGAUAAGACGAAUAAUUUCAGAGGAUUCAGUGCAGUGUUUUAUGAUUUUAAUUGA